CGGUUGAAGGGUCGUUGCCAAGACUCGCGGCGGUUAGGGAUUUGUCCAAAAGCCCACGAAAUCAGGGGAUUUACAGCACGUGCCUCUACGCGCCCUGUGCUGUCUCUGGAAGAGGAUGUUGAGGGCGCCAAAUCUGGAUGAAUGUCACCAAUCUGGGGACGGGAGUGGUGGACCAUCAGAAAUCGAACGACAGAACGUUCAACAUAUCAAAACCUCAAACAGGAGGCUUGCUUCAUCUUUUUUUCAACCUUUGGACUCUCCUCUUUUUGUUUCUUUUACCCUUUCUUGACUCUAUCGAACUUAUCGAAACGCCGCCAAACACAGACGCUCGAAUGCAAAGACCUGAAAGCCGAGGUUGACCUCUUUUCCUUCUUUUUUCAGGUUACACUUGGACAUUGGUGGCGACGGUCUCGACAGCGACAUUCAUGCGAACACAAACAACUACCGCCGACCUUGCUGUGUAGCAGCUGGGCGAGAUGCUGCUACGAUCCGUACUCCGGACUGUACGCCGUCGAAAAAAGGGACACAGUUACACGGAAACUGCACCGCCGCGACGACACCGCUCCCACAAGCUCUAGACUUGAGCUCUGAGUAUUGCCUCUGACCCAUUGGCAUCUGACCAUGUCUUUGGAUCUCGGCACGGAUUGCUCUCUGACUUUGUCAGCCAUGAUUCUCGUCACUGGGUCAAGAAACCAAAACCGUCUGGAGUUGAGACUGGCUUUUAGCGAUUGCGCUGAUUGGCGCAGAGUCAUUCCAACAACCCUCCGUACGCCGCAGCCGCCAGAUAUCACGGGGCUUUUCUUUGAUUCUGUGC